UCCGAACACUUGCCUCGGAUUGACUUUAAUAUAUAAUUGCUCCAGUGAAUAACUAAAAAAAAAGAAGGGUGGUAGUAUAGUAAAGAAAAGAACUAAUCACAAUAUCUAUCUUUCAAAAUCUAUCUUUCAAAAUCUAUCUUUCAAAGAUUCACUAAAAAAAAAGACAGUUGGCGGGUCUCUUUGUAUGUCUUGUCCGGAAAGAGGAGGAGUUAAUGAUUAUUCGUUCGCCGGAACCAGAAGUAAAAAUUGUUGUGGAUAGGGAUCCUGUAAAAACAUCUUUUGAGGAAUGGGCGAGACCCGGCCAUUUCUCAAGAACACUAGCUAAGGGCCCUGAUACUACCACUUGGAUCUGGAACCUACAUGCUGAUGCUCACGAUUUCGAUAGUCAUACUGGUGAUUUGGAGGAGAUUUCUAGAAAAGUUUUUAGUGCUCAUUUCGGGCAACUUUCCAUUAUCUUUCUUUGGUUGAGUGGCAUGUACUUUCAUGGUGCCCGUUUUUCCAAUUAUGAAGCAUGGCUAAGUGAUCCUACUCACAUUGGACCCAGUGCUCAGGUAGUUUGGCCUAUAGUAGGGCAAGAAAUAUUGAAUGGUGAUGUAGGUGGGGGUUUCCGAGGAAUCCAAAUAACCUCUGGUUUUUUUCAGCUUUGGCGAGCAUCUGGAAUAACUAGUGAAUUACAACUCUAUUGUACUGCAAUUGGUGCAUUGGUUUUUGCAGCGUUAAUGCUUUUUGCUGGUUGGUUCCAUUAUCACAAAGCCGCUCCCAAAUUGGCCUGGUUCCAAGAUGUAGAAUCCAUGUUGAAUCACCACUUAGCGGGAUUAUUAGGACUUGGGUCUCUUUCUUGGGCGGGACACCAAAUUCAUGUAUCUUUACCAAUUAACCAAUUUCUUGACGCUGGGGUGGAUCCUAAAGAGAUACCACUUCCUCAUGAAUUUAUCUUGAAUCGGGACCUUUUGGCUCAACUUUAUCCUAGUUUUGCCGAAGGAGCAACCCCUUUUUUCACUUUAAAUUGGUCCAAAUACGCAGAAUUUCUGACUUUUCGUGGAGGACUAGAUCCAGUAACCGGUGGUCUCUGGCUGACCGAUAUUGCACACCAUCAUUUAGCUAUUGCUAUUCUUUUCCUAAUCGCAGGUCAUAUGUAUAGGACCAACUGGGGUAUUGGCCAUGGACUUAAAGAUAUUUUGGAGGCUCACAAGGGCCCAUUUACAGGACAAGGCCAUAAGGGUCUUUAUGAAAUCUUAACAACGUCAUGGCAUGCUCAAUUAUCUCUUAACCUAGCUAUGCUAGGCUCUACAACCAUUGUUGUAGCUCAUCAUAUGUAUUCUAUGCCUCCCUAUCCAUACCUAGCUACUGACUAUGGUACACAACUUUCCUUGUUCACACACCACAUGUGGAUUGGCGGAUUUCUAAUAGUCGGUGCUGCUGCACAUGCAGCAAUUUUUAUGGUAAGAGACUAUGAUCCAACUACUCGAUACAACGAUCUAUUAGAUCGCGUCCUUAGACACCGCGAUGCAAUCAUAUCCCACCUUAACUGGGUAUGUAUAUUUCUAGGUUUUCACAGUUUUGGCUUGUACAUUCAUAAUGAUACCAUGAGUGCUUUAGGCCGUCCACAAGAUAUGUUUUCGGAUACCGCCAUACAAUUACAACCUAUCUUUGCUCAAUGGGUACAAAAUAUCCAUGCUACUGCGCCUGGCGUAACAGCUCCUGGUGCAACAACAAGUACUAGCUUAACGUGGGGAGGCGGCGAGUUAGUAGCAGUAGGUGGCAAAGUGGCUUUGUUACCGAUUCCAUUAGGAACCGCAGAUUUUUUAGUCCAUCACAUUCAUGCAUUUACCAUACAUGUGACUGUAUUAAUACUUUUGAAAGGUGUUUUAUUUGCUCGGAGUUCCCGUUUGAUACCCGAUAAAGCAAAUCUAGGUUUUCGCUUUCCUUGCGAUGGGCCUGGCCGAGGGGGAACAUGUCAAGUAUCUGCUUGGGAUCAUGUUUUCUUAGGUUUAUUCUGGAUGUACAAUGCAAUUUCGGUAGUCAUUUUCCAUUUCAGUUGGAAAAUGCAGUCGGAUGUUUGGGGUACCAUAAGUGAUCAAGGGGUGGUAACUCAUAUUACAGGGGGAAACUUUGCACAGAGUUCCAUUACGAUUAAUGGGUGGCUUCGAGAUUUCUUGUGGGCACAGGCAUCGCAAGUCAUUCAGUCUUAUGGUUCUUCAUUAUCUGCAUAUGGUCUUUUUUUCUUAGGUGCUCAUUUUGUCUGGGCCUUCAGUUUAAUGUUUUUAUUCAGCGGCCGUGGUUAUUGGCAAGAACUCAUUGAAUCUAUCGUUUGGGCUCAUAACAAAUUAAAAGUUGCUCCUGCUACUCAGCCUAGAGCCUUGAGCAUUAUACAAGGACGUGCUGUAGGAGUAACCCAUUACCUUCUGGGUGGAAUUGCCACGACAUGGGCAUUCUUCUUAGCGAGAAUUAUUGCAGUAGGAUAGUGGCUAGGAGGAUUUGAAAGGCAUUAUGGAAUUAAGAUUUCCCAGGUUUAGCCAAGGCUUAGCUCAGGACCCCACUACUCGUCGUAUUUGGUUUGGUAUUGCUACCGCACAUGAUUUCGAAAGUCAUGAUGAUAUUACUGAAGAACGUCUUUAUCAGAACAUUUUUGCUUCUCACUUUGGGCAAUUAGCAAUAAUCUUUCUAUGGACGUCCGGAAAUCUGUUUCAUGUAGCUUGGCAAGGAAAUUUUGAAUCAUGGAUACAGGAUCCUUUACACGUAAGACCUAUUGCUCAUGCGAUUUGGGAUCCUCAUUUUGGUCAACCCGCUGUGGAAGCCUUUACUCGAGGAGGUGCUGCUGGUCCAGUGAAUAUUGCUUAUUCUGGGGUUUAUCAGUGGUGGUAUACAAUAGGAUUACGCACCAAUGAAGAUCUUUAUACUGGAGCUCUUUUUCUAUUAUUUCUUUCUACGCUGUCCUUAAUAGCGAGUUGGUUACAUCUACAACCCAAAUGGAAACCAAGCCUUUCGUGGUUCAAAAACGCGGAAUCUCGUCUCAAUCAUCAUUUGUCAGGACUUUUCGGGGUAAGUUCUUUGGCUUGGACAGGACAUUUAGUUCAUGUUGCUAUUCCCGCAUCCAGGGGGGAGUACGUUCGAUGGAAUAAUUUCUUAGAUGUAUUACCCUAUCCCCAGGGGUUGGGACCCCUUUUGACGGGUCAGUGGAAUCUUUAUGCCCAAAACCCUGAUUCGAGUAAUCAUUUAUUUGGUACCGCUCAAGGAGCGGGAACUGCCAUUCUAACUCUUCUUGGGGGAUUCCAUCCACAAACACAAAGUUUGUGGCUGACUGAUAUGGCUCACCAUCAUUUAGCUAUUGCAUUUAUUUUUCUCAUUGCCGGUCACAUGUAUCGAACUAACUUCGGAAUUGGGCACAGUAUUAAAGAUCUUUUAGAAGCGCAUACUCCUCCGGGGGGUCGAUUAGGGCGUGGGCAUAAGGGCCUUUAUGACACAAUCAACAAUUCGAUUCAUUUUCAGUUAGGUCUUGCUCUAGCUUCUUUAGGGGUUAUUACUUCCUUAGUAGCUCAACAUAUGUACUCUUUACCUCCUUAUGCAUUCAUAGCACAAGACUUUACUACUCAAGCUGCUUUAUAUACUCAUCACCAAUAUAUUGCGGGGUUCAUCAUGACAGGGGCUUUUGCUCAUGGAGCUAUUUUUUUCAUUAGGGAUUACAAUCCGGAACAGAAUGAGGAUAAUGUAUUGGCAAGAAUGUUAGACCAUAAAGAAGCUAUCAUAUCUCAUUUAAGUUGGGCUAGCCUCUUUCUAGGAUUCCAUACCUUGGGCCUUUAUGUUCAUAACGACGUCAUGCUUGCUUUUGGUACUCCAGAAAAGCAAAUCUUGAUCGAACCUAUAUUUGCCCAAUGGAUACAAUCUGCUCAUGGCAAGACGACAUAUGGGUUCGAUAUACUCUUAUCUUCAACGAAUGGCCCCGCUUUCAAUGCGGGUCGAAGCCUAUGGUUGCCCGGAUGGUUGAAUGCUGUUAAUGAGAAUAGUAAUUCGCUUUUCUUAACAAUAGGACCUGGGGAUUUCUUGGUUCAUCAUGCUAUUGCUCUAGGUUUGCAUACAACUACAUUGAUUUUAGUAAAGGGCGCUUUAGACGCACGCGGUUCCAAAUUAAUGCCGGAUAAAAAGGAUUUUGGGUAUAGUUUUCCUUGUGACGGCCCAGGGCGCGGCGGUACUUGUGAUAUUUCUGCUUGGGACGCAUUUUAUUUGGCAGUUUUCUGGAUGUUAAAUACCAUUGGGUGGGUUACUUUUUAUUGGCAUUGGAAACAUAUCACAUUAUGGCAGGGCAACGUUUCACAAUUUAAUGAAUCCUCCACUUAUUUGAUGGGAUGGUUAAGAGAUUACCUAUGGUUAAACUCUUCACAACUUAUCAAUGGAUAUAAUCCUUUUGGGAUGAAUAGUUUAUCGGUAUGGGCUUGGAUGUUCUUAUUUGGACAUCUUGUUUGGGCUACUGGAUUUAUGUUCUUAAUUUCUUGGCGGGGGUAUUGGCAGGAAUUAAUUGAGACUUUAGCAUGGGCUCAUGAACGCACACCUUUAGCUAAUUUAAUUCGCUGGAGAGAUAAGCCUGUGGCUCUUUCCAUUGUGCAAGCAAGAUUGGUUGGAUUAGCUCACUUUUCCGUGGGUUAUAUAUUCACUUAUGCAGCUUUCUUGAUUGCCUCAACAUCAGGCAAGUUUGGUUAAUUUAGUUUGUUUUUUUGUACUGUAUCAGCACCUAGUUCAUUACUCUUGAUAGAGAGGGAGGAUCCGCCUUCUUAAAUUUCUUUUUCUAUUUAUUUUUCCAUCUAGGAUUAGAACCGUAUACUUGAUAAUAAUAGCAACGGCACAUUAUGGCAAAAAAGAGUUUGAUUCAGAGGGAGAAGAAGCGGCAGAAAUUAGAACAGAAAUAUCAUUUGAUUCGUCAAUCUUUAAAAAAAAAGAUAAGAAGCAAAGUUUCUCCCUUGAGUUUGAGUGAAAAAACGAAAAUGCGAGAAAAAUUGCAAUCCCUACCGCGUAAUAGUGCACCUACACGCCUUCAUCGACGUUGUUUUUUGACCGGAAGACCUAGAGCUAACUAUCGACAUUUUGGGCUAUCCGGACACGUACUUCGAGAAAUGGUUUAUGAAUGUUUAUUACCGGGUGCAACAAGAUCCAGUUGGUAAGGAUAAAAUACCCUUUCGUAUUUGUAUGGAUUUCUGGAAUUGAUAAUCAUAGAGGAGCCCUCUUUACCAUUCUGUAUAAAUGGACUAUUCUAUUUGUAUAGAUAUGGUAGAGGGACGUAUCGAACCCUCUUUUAUCCACUAGUUACCCCUCUUUAGUUUAAGAGUAUAGAGCAGUUUGGUAGCUCAUAAGUCUCAUAACCUUGGGGUUGCGGGUUCGAUUCCCACUACCGGCCCCAUACUCCUUCUUUAAUGAUAUAUGCAUGAUAUAUACAUCAUCCAUUUGUAUCUGGAUUUUUUGAUUUCCUAAAAGAGUUUUGGUCUAACAGUUUUUUCUCGGAAGAAGACAACAAAUAAAAGAAAGAAUAAAAGAAAGAAUAAAAUACGAAAGAAAAGCGUCCAUUGUCUAAUGGAUAGGACAGAGGUCUUCUAAACCUUUGGUAUAGGUUCAAAUCCUAUUGGACGCAAUCUUAUUUCUAUCUAUUCUUUAAAUAACUAUACUAAACUAAAAACAAAGAAAACUUUUUUGCAUGAUUCAAAUAACAAGAGUAGACAUGCAAAAUAACAAGAGUAGAUAUGCCAAAUUUAUUUGUUACUGAAGGGAAAACCGUUCCAGCUGUUCCUGAAUAGCUUCCUUCAAAAGGAUUUCCGCUUGCUCGGUGAAUGUCUUGCUAGAAGAUAUAAUUUCUUGGAAUUGAGGUUUAGUAUCUUUUAGGUGUUUACGUAACUCAUCCAGAAAUUUAUUUACCUGUUCGAUUUCUAACGAAUCAAGAUAUCCUCUUGUUCCGGUAUAAAUAGUAGCUAUCUGCUCUUCCACUGGGAGAGGAUUUGCCUGGGAUUGUUUAAGCAAUUCCCUUAAUCGUCGACCCCUUGCCAAUUGAUUCUGACUUGUUUUAUCGAGAGCAGAGGCGAAUUGUGCAAAGGCUUGUAACUCUGCGAAUUGAGCUAGUUCCAAUUUUGAUUUGCCAGCUACUUGUUUCAUGGCUUUAAUUUGAGCCGCGGAUCCUACUCUGGAAACAGAAAUACCCACAUUAAUAGCGGGUCGAAUUCCGGCAUUGAAUAGAUCCGCCGAUAAGAAUAUUUGUCCAUCUGUAAUGGAGAUUACAUUAGUAGGAAUAUAGGCGGAAACGUCUCCAGAUUGAGUCUCAACUAUUGGUAAAGCGGUCAUACUUCCUUCGCCUAAAAGAGAAUUUAAUUUAGCGGCUCUUUCUAAAAGGCGUGAAUGCAAAUAAAAAACAUCCCCUGGAUAAGCCUCACGGCCGGGAGGUCUUCUUAAUAGAAGGGACAUUUGGCGAUAAGCUUGUGCCUGUUUGGAGAGAUCAUCAUAAAUUAUUAAAGUAUGCCGUUCGCGGUACAUAAAAUACUCAGCCAGGGCUGCUCCCGUAUAAGGAGCGAGGUAUUGUAAUGUAGCAGGUGAAUCCGCCAUUUCAGCUACUACAAUAGUGUAUUCCAUGGCCCCCUCCUCAUGGAAAGUAGUUACUACUUGAGCUACGGAGGAUGCUCUUUGACCGAUAGCUACAUAAACACAUAUUACACCUUGCCCUUUUUGAUUGAGAAUUGUAUCUGUAGCUACUGCUGUUUUGCCAGUCUGUCUGUCCCCAAUAAUUAACUCUCGCUGACCGCGCCCUAUAGGAAUCAUCGAAUCGAUAGCAAUAAGCCCUGUUUGAAGAGGUUCGUAUACGGAACGCCUGGAAAUUAUACUUGGAGCAGGAGAUUCAAUUAAGCGAGAUUCGGAAGCUAUAAUUUCGCCUUUCCCAUCAAUAGGUUUAGCCAGAGCAUUUACAACACGACCCAAGUAAGCCUCACUCACGGGUAUCUGAGCAAUUCUUCCUGUUGCUUUUACAAAACUGCCCUCUUGUAUCAUCAACCCAUCGCCCAUUAAUACAAUCCCAACAUUUUUGGAUUCCAAAUUCAGAGCAAUACCCCUAGUACCUUCUGCAAAUUGGACUAAUUCACCCGACAUUAUUUCACCAAGACCUAUAAUACGAGCAAUCCCAUCCCCCACUUGAACUACGCGACCUAUAUUCUCAAUCCCUACUUUCCUAUUAUAUUGUUCAAUACGUUCGCGGAGAAUUUUAUGAAUUUCGUCGACUCGAAGGGUUGCCAUUAGUGUUUCUUGACUCUUUUUUCGAAAGCAAGGGGAAAAAUAAUGCCUAAAUUCUAAACGAAAGUAGAAGUUCAAGGCCUAAUUAAUUUAAUUAUCUCUUCCAUUCCAGGGACCCGAGAAUGCCAAUAUUAGCACGAAUCGUACGGAAAUGUAACUCGGUAUUCAAACAACUAUUCAGAGUUCCUAGAGCUCCUUGUACGGCCUGUUGGAAAACCCGCUGUCGGACCUGAUUCAUUGCCCUUUGUUUUUCAAAAUAAAGGGUUUCGUUUUUAGACUUUUCUAAUUGUUCCAAACUAAUAGAAGUAGCAUUAAUCAAAUUUGCUUUUUCUCGUUCUAUCUCAGAGUAUCCAUUCAUUCGAUACUCAUCCGCUUCUAGUUCGACUUUCUGUAAUCGAAUCCGAGCUUUUUCGAGUUGCUCAAUGGUCCCUCUACGCAAUUCUUCUGAAUUUCGAAUAGUACUCAAGAUCCUCUGUUUUCGAUUAUCUAAUAAAUCUUUUAAUGAAAGUAGAUUAUUUUGUAAGUUUACAACUUUUAUGAUCUCUUCCCGAACCAAACAUGAAUCUUUCGAUUCAUUUGGCUCUCACGCUCCUUUUUUUCUUUUUUUGCUAUAGCAAUUUCCAUAUCUUUUUUUAAGUAUAAGUAAUGAGCCUAUCCUCUAUCUUAUUUUUUAUGUUUAUAUUUCAAUAUACCGAAACCUAUAUAAGACUAGAUAAAUAUUAAGAGGACUCUUCCGCCUAGAUAAAAAUAUAUCAUGGUCAGCAAAGUUGUUUCUUUAUUUAUAUUUGCCCUUUAGUUAAUAAUUUCAAUUUCAUUAAGAAAAACUAACUAAAUAAAUGGAAAAUGAAAAUUAAUAGAAUUCUUUUUUUUUUUUCUUCAAAUCCAAAAAAUUUCUCUUUUUUAUACAUAGGUCGUCGAUUCGGCAUUGGUUAAAAAAGGGCAGGGUGCCCCUUCUUUUUUUUUCUAGUAAAUAGUUCAAACCAUUUUAUCGAUAUGAGUGUUCUAUAUCAGAUAAAUUUUACAUUAGCUAUUUCCCGUUUAAAUUCGGUACUAAUACUAAUAUAGUUGUAGAAAGAGUACCUCUUUUUGCCUGGACUUCAAGCAGUUUAGCUUUAACCGUGUUAAUGGUCUCACAUUCUUGGUUUAUAGAGAAUCAAAAUUGAUUUACCAAUGAGUCGCGAAAUGCUAUGGUUCUUCCAUAUGAUUUCUGAAUUUAUUCAGAAGUAAUUCGUCGAGAUCGUGCACCCUUUUCUUAUUUAUCCGAAAAAUACUAAAAAAUAUUCUAAAGUGCAGCCGGAUAGAUCCAAUCUAUUCUUGAAAUAGACAACUCGCACACACUCCCUUUCCAAAAAAAAUCAAAACACCAACCACUACAGUUAGAUUUAUUAGAUUUGUUGCUAAAAUAUCGGUAUUAAGCCCGAAACUGCCAGCGGAUGGCCAGUGAGCUAAAAAAACGAAAGAAUGGGUUACAUUUUUCAUAUGCUCUCCUCUUAUAGAUAGGACGAACAAAGAACAAAGUUUUUCGAUCACUUACUUCGCUCGCCCUUUUUUGAUCGGUUUUUUUAAUGCAAAUAGAUUCAAUCUAGUAAUUUCUUUUAGAUUAAGUCUUAGGUCUUGUUUGACCGGUGAAAGGCUUCCUUUGUUGAAAUGUUCCGUUCCCAAAAUUCCUAAAAUAAAAGGAAAAAACUUUCCACUUUCCUAAACUAAGGACGGGAAAUAAGAAGGCGAGCAUAUCUUCUAAAUUAAUCAUACUCAACUCAGCCCUUCCUAGAAUGCGGUAUUAUCUGUCCCGAUAAAUAGAUAAUUCCAGGAGUAAUAAAUAGGAGUAAAUUAAAUAAAGUAUUGAUAUAAUUGGAAUUGCGGAAGCAAAUACCAAUUUACUAAAAAAAGAAAAAAGUAUCUAAUCGAAAUCGAAAGAACUUUUUUUUUUAGGAUUAAACAAAAGGGUUCGCAAAUAAAAGCGCUAGUGCCACAACUAGUCCAUAAAUUGUUAAAGCUUCCAUAAAAGCUAGACUAAGCAAUAAAGUACCUCGUAUUUUACCUUCUGCUUCUGGCUGUCUCGCAAUACCUUCUACAGCUUGUCCUGCAGCAGUACCUUGACCAACUCCAGGUCCAAUAGAAGCAAGCCCUACGGCCAAUCCAGCAGCAAUAACAGAAGCAGCAGCAAUUAGUGGAUUCAUGGUGAGUAGUUCCUCGUGUCAAAAAAAAAGAAA